UCGCGGCUGGAGCGCUGGAGUUACUCUCGAGUACUCAGCGGCUACAGUCAUGGCUGAGCGACGCGCCUUUGCCCAGAAAAUCAGCAGGACUGUAGCGGCUGAGGUCAGGAAGCAGAUUGCUGGUCAGUACGGAGGCUCACCUCAACUUCUCAAAAACCUCAGUGUGGGUGGGAAUGCAACUAGCAAUGCUAUUCCUCUGACAGAGGCUGUAGAGCCAGUGGAUUUUGAAGAGUAUUUGAUCACGCACCCUCCCCUUAUAGAGUCAGGACCUCUGAGAGAUCUGAUCGAGUUUCCUCCAGAUGACAUUGAAGUGCUUUACACGCCAAGAGAGUGCCGAACUCUUGGCCAGGAUGUGCCUGAGGAGGGUGAGAAUGAUUCACACGUUAGAGACUGCACCCGGUCUUACACUGAGGACUGGGCCAUCGUUAACCGCAAGUACCACAAGUUGGGCACCGCAUUUAAUCCCAACACUUUGGAUAAGCAGAAGGAGAGGCAAAGAGGUUUACCCAAGCAAGUUUUUGAGUCUGAUGAGUUGCCAGAUCACAGCAGCUAUCAAGAUGAUCAGGAUGAUCUGAAGCGAAGGUCCAUGUCAAUUGAUGACACUCCACGUGGCAGCUGGGCUUGCAGUAUAUUUGACCUGAAGAACUCUCAGCCUGAUGCUCUGCUGCCUCACCUUCUGGAUCGAGUACCCAACGAAGAAAUCGACCGCCACAAUGAGGACCAGCGCAAGUCAAACCGCCAUAGAGAGCUCUUCGCACUUCAUCCUGCUUUGGAUGAGGAUGAACCCAUUGAGCGCCACUGUGUGCCUGAUGUUCCAAAAGAACAUUUUGGUCAAAGGCUUCUUGUCAAGUGCUUGUCCUUGAAGUUUGAGAUAGAAAUUGAGCCAAUAUUUGCAAGUUUGGCCUUAUAUGAUAUCAAAGAAAAGAAAAGGAUAUCAGAGAACUUUUACUUCGAUUUGAACUCUGAGCAAACGAAGGCCAUGCUGCGACCGCACAUCCCAUCUGCUGCUAUCUCCACCCUGGCCCGCUCUGCUGUCUUUUCAAUCACCUACCCUUCUCAAGACGUCUUCCUUGUUAUCAAGCUUGAGAAGGUGCUUCAGCAGGGAGACAUUGGAGAGUGUGCAGAGCCUUACAUGGUCUUUAAAGAGUCCGAUGCUGCCAAAAAUAAGGAAAAGCUUGAGAAGCUACGCAGUCAGUCCGAACAGUUCUGUCAGCGACUAGGGCGUUAUCGGAUGCCCUUUGCCUGGACAGCCAUACACCUCAUGAAUAUAGUGAACAGUGCCGGCAGCCUAGAGAGAGACACAGAGCUGGACAUGGGGCUGUCAGAACGGAAAGGCUCUUGGUCUGAACGGAGGAACUCUAGUAUUGUGGGACGUCGUUCGCUGGAGAGAACCACCAGCGGAGAUGAAUCAUGCAGUCUGACCAGCUUCAGACCAGCUACCCUGACAGUCACCAACUUCUUCAAACAGGAAGGAGAUCGACUAAGUGAUGAAGAUCUCUACAAGUUCCUAGCUGACAUGAGGCGCCCAUCCUCUGUGCUGCGUAGACUGAGGCCCAUUACAGCCCAGCUGAAGAUUGACAUCUCACCAGCCCCCGAGAACCCUCACUAUUGCCUGACACCUGAUCUGCUCCAAGUGAUGCCUUACCCAGAUAGUCGAGUGCGGCCAACAAAAGAGAUCCUGGAGUUCCCUGCCAGGGACAUUUAUGUGCCCAACACCACUUACAGGAACCUGCUGUAUGUGAACCCACAGAGCCUGAACUUUGCUAACCGUCAAGGCUCAGCCCGUAACAUUACAGUGAAAGUACAGUUCAUGAAUGGGGAAGAUCCUAGCAAUGCUAUGCCUGUAAUCUUUGGGAAAUCCAGUUGUGCGGAGUAUUCAAAGGAGGCGUACACUGCUGUAGUCUAUCAUAAUCGAUCGCCAGAUUUCCAUGAUGAAGUUAAAAUCAAGCUACCAGCCUCGCUGACCGACCAUCAUCACAUCCUUUUUACUUUCUAUCAUGUCAGCUGUCAACAGAAACAGAACACCCCACUGGAGACGCCUGUUGGAUACACGUGGAUUCCCAUGCUGCAAAAUGGACGCUUGAGAACAGGUCACUUCUGCCUUCCAGUAUCUCUGGAGAAACCGCCUCAGUCUUACUCUGUUCUCUCUCCUGAUGUUCCCCUUCCUGGAAUGAAAUGGGUGGAUAACCACAGAGGGGUGUUUAAUGUAGAGGUUGUGGCUGCAUCCACCAUCCACACACAGGAUCAGUUUUUAGAUAAGUUCUUUGCACUCGUGCAUGCGCUGGAUGAGCAUAUGUUCCCUGUGAGGAUAGGAGACAUGCGCAUUAUGGAGAAUAAUCUGGAGGCUGAGCUGAAGUCUAGUAUAGCAGCUCUAAAUUCCUCUCAGCUGGAGCCUGUGGUGCGCUUCCUCCACCUACUGCUGGACAAACUGGUGUUGCUGAUGGUGCGGCCACCUGUCAUAGCCGGCCAGAUAGUGAAUCUUGGUCAGGCUUCUUUUGAAGUGAUGGCAUCCAUAGUGAACCGUCUACAUAAGUACUUGGACACUAGUCAAGAUAUGCAUGGGCGAAACAGCCUUCUCUCAUCAUAUAUACACUAUGUCUUCCGCCUGCCCAACAUGGACCCCAACUCCCCCUCUCCAGGCCCAGGAGGAUUGGGCGGUUCAGUGCAUUAUGCCACCAUGGCCCGUUCUUCUGUUAGACCUUCAAGCCUCAACCUCAACCGCUCUCGUAGCCUUAGCAACAGCAACCCAGACAUCUCUGGCACUCCAACUUCCCCAGAUGAUGAAGUACGGUCCAUCAUUGGCAGCAAGGCCAUGGAGCGCAGUGGCAAUCGCAUGUCAUCGCACACUGAGAGCACCAGUUUCUUGCAAACAUUAACAGGACGCUUGCCGACCAAAAAGCUCUAUCAUGAGGAGCUUGCCCUGCAGUGGGUGGUCAGCAGUGGCAGCGUUAGGGAGGGAGCCCUGCAACAGGCCUGGUUCUUCUUUGAGCUUAUGGUUAAGAGCAUCAUUCACCACUUAUACUUUACUGACCGCCUGCAGUCUCCCAGGAAGAACCGCUUCCCUGAGCGCUUCAUGGAUGACAUCACCGCUCUGGUUAGCACCAUUGCAGGUGACAUCGUCUCACGUUUCCAGAAGGAUCUUGAGUUGGUGGAAAGGCUCAACACCAGCUUGGCCUUCUUCCUCAAUGACCUCCUGUCAGUCAUGGAUAGAGGCUUUGUCUUCUCUCUCAUCAAAACCUACUGGAAACAGGUGUCCACCAAGCUCUAUGCACUACAGAACCCCACUCUAGAGUCUCUGAGACUAGACUUCCUGAGGAUCAUCUGUAGCCAUGAACACUAUGUCACUCUAAACCUGCCCUUCAGUCUACUAACACCCCCAGCCUCCCCCUCUCCUUCAGUCUCCUCUGCCACAUCUCAGAGUUCUGGAUUCUCUACCCAUGUGCAGGACCAAAAGAUUGCCAACAUGUUUGAGCUGUCUGUGCCCUUCAGAGAGCAGCAUUACCUCGCUGGUCUGGUUCUGACAGAGCUGGCUGUAAUACUCGACCCUGAGGCUGAUGGGUCAGUACCCUGGAUGUUUGGUCUUCAUAAGAAGGUCAUCAGCGUGGUUCAUAAUCUGCUGUCCAGUCAUGACUCGGACCCACGUUAUGCUGACCCUGAGGUCAAAGCUCGAGUUGCACUGCUCUACCUACCACUCAUAGGCAUUGUGAUGGAAACCCUUCCCCAGCUCCAUGAUUUCACCGAAACAUUCAUUACCUCAUUGUUUGUCAGGACCAGGGCUGAGCUGGAGCAUGAAGCAAUUAUUGAUGGCAACCUGGCAACUGAAGCUAAUCUCAUCAUAUUGGAUACACUAGAAAUAAUAGUUCAGACCGUGUCAGUGACUGAGUCCAAAGAAAGCAUUCUGGGAGGGGUUCUGAAAGUCCUGCUACACAGCAUGGCAUGUAAUCAAAGUGCCCUGUAUUUGCAACACUGCUUCGCUACACAGAGAGCUCUCGUGUCAAAGUUUCCAGAGCUGCUGUUUGAGGAGGAGACAGAGCAGUGUGCUGACCUGUGCCUGCGGCUCCUGAGGAAUUGUAGCAGUAGCAUCGGCACCAUCAGAGCCCAUGCCAGCGCCUCCCUCUACCUCCUCAUGAGACAGAACUUUGAGAUCGGAAAUAACUUUGCACGAGUGAAAAUGCAGGUGACCAUGUCUCUUUCGUCUCUGGUGGGUACGUCCCAGAACUUCAAUGAGGAGUUUCUGCGGCGUUCACUCAAGACCAUCCUCACAUAUGCAGAAGAGGACCUAGAGCUCAGAGAAACCACCUUUCCUGACCAGGUUCAAGAUCUGGUGUUUAACCUGCACAUGAUUCUUUCGGACACAGUAAAAAUGAAGGAACAUCAAGAAGAUCCAGAGAUGCUAAUUGAUCUGAUGUACAGUUUAGCAUCAGACCGCAAGUACCUGCCUGUGGGCUGUGUCACCUUUCAGAACAUUUCCUCUAAUGUGCUGGAAGAAUCUGCUGUGUCAGAUGACGUGGUGUCACCAGACGAGGAGGGCAUCUGCUCUGGGAAGUACUUCACUGAGGCAGGCUUAGUUGGGUUGCUGGAACAGGCUGCAGCCUCCUUUUCUAUGGCUGGUAUGUACGAAGCAGUGAACGAAGUCUACAAGGUGCUCAUCCCUAUUCACGAGGCCAACAGGGAUGCCAAGAAAUUAGCCACUAUUCAUGGUAAACUUCAGGAAGCCUUUGGGAAAAUUGUACACCAGCAUGGAAAGCGGAUGUUUGGCACCUAUUUCAGAGUUGGAUUUUAUGGUUCUAAAUUGGGUGACUUGGAUGAGCAGGAGUUUGUCUACAAAGAGCCAGCCAUCACCAAGCUGGCAGAAAUCUCACAUCGGCUUGAGAGUUUCUAUGGUGAAAGGUUUGGUGAGGACCAAGUGGAAGUUAUUAAAGAUUCCAAUCCAGUUGACAAGUGUAAAUUGGACCCAAAUAAGGCCUUCAUUCAGAUCACGUACGUUGAACCAUAUUUUGACACUUAUGAAAUGAAGGACCGCAUCACGUACUUCGAUAAGAACUACAACCUGCGCCGCUUCGUCUACUGCACGCCGUUCACACUCGACGGAAGAGCUCACGGUGACCUGCACGAACAGUUUAAACGAAAGACCAUUCUCACUACCUCCCACGCUUUCCCCUACAUCAAGACCCGCAUCAACAUCAUCCAUAAAGAGGAGAUUAUUUCCACGCCUAUUGAAGUAGCCAUUGAGGACAUGCAGAAGAAGACACAGGAGCUGGCUUUUGCUACUCAUCAAGACCCAUCUGAUGCCAAAAUGUUACAGAUGGUUCUGCAGGGGUCUGUUGGCACCACUGUUAACCAGGGCCCUCUUGAGGUGGCCCAGGUAUUUCUGUCCGAGAUCCCAAGUGAUCCUAAACUCUACAGGCACCAUAAUAAACUGCGACUUUGCUUCAAAGACUUCACCAAGAGAUGUGAAGAUGCCCUUCGCAAAAAUAAGAGUCUGAUUGGUCCAGACCAGAAAGAGUAUCAGAGAGAGCUGGAGAGGAACUACCACAGACUGAAAGAAGCUCUGCAGCCUCUCAUUAACAGGAAGAUCCCACAACUCUACAAACCUGUGUUACAGGUGAACUCACACAGAGACUCUUUUAGCAGAAUGAGCCUUCGCAAGCUAGACGUGUGAAGAUUGAAGAAAUAAAAAGAACAAAUGCAAUUAUUUAUUUGUAUAUAUCAAUCCUCCUCACAAUAUCAGUGUUUCUGCCAUAAAGUAAAAA